AUGACCAGCUCGGUUCCCGUUCCUUCUUAUCAGGAGUGUAUGUCCAGUGGGCUCAGCUCUAAAACAUACUCAAACGAUAUGAACUCGGGGAGACAUGAAGCAGAGAGGAUAGUUUUAAAUGUCGGUGGCAUACGAUACCUAACUUACAAAAGUACCUUGGAAACUUUGCCAGGCACGCGCCUUGCCAACCUGGUCGACGUGUGGUCAAGUGAUACCACGAAUGAGUUUUUCUUCGAUCGUCAUCCAGGUGUUUUCGAGUUUGUCUUGAAUUACUAUAGAACAGGAAAGCUUCACUGUCCGUCUAACGUAUGUGGUCCCCUGUUUGAAGACGAGUUGGAUUUCUGGGGCAUUGAUGAAUUGGACGUGGAGCCAUGCUGCUGGACAUCUUUUCGGCAGUACAAGGAUGCAGAGGAAACCCUUGCUCAGUUUGGAAAAAUUAAUUCUGAUGUUGACCAAAGCCGAAACCCGCCCCAGACGUUGAAGCAAAAGAUAUGGGCCCUGUUCGAUGAUCCGCACUCAUCUGUAAUGGCCAAGGUCACUGCCUUUGUGUCGCUCUUCUUCAUCUUGCUCUCCAUCACUGUCUUCUGUCUGGAGACACAUCAGAGCUUCCAUGUGUCGGCUAACGUCACAGAGCUAGUCACAGAAGACGAGUACAAUGCAGAGGAGAUGGUUGAUGAAGUGAUCGUCAUGCCUGCUCUGGUUAUAGUAGAGCUCGUCUGUGUGGUGUGGUUCACCUUUGAGUUUUUUGUGCGCUUUUGGUGCUGCCCAGACAUACUAAGUUUCAUGAAGAGUUUCCUAAACAUCAUUGACCUUCUAGCUAUCCUGCCCUUUUACGUGGAAGUGGGUCUGAUUGGCCUGACCCAUAAACCAGGAGUAAGUUUGCUGGGGUACCUUCGCGUGGUGCGCUUUGUCCGGAUCCUGCGCAUCUUUAAGUUGACGCGCCAUGUGUUAGGUAUCAGGGUUCUGGGAUACACCUUGGCGGCGAGUGUGCGGGAACUUGGCCUCCUUUUAAUCUUUUUUGCGCUCAGCAUGCUAUUUUUUGCCACUAUGAUGUACUAUGCUGAAAACCUUACUCCAUCAGAAGACUCCACCUUUAGCAAUAUCCCCGUUGGUUUCUGGUGGGCGGUAAUUACCAUGACCACUGUAGGCUAUGGAGAUAUGUAUCCUGUGACAUGGCUGGGUAUGAUGGUUGCAGCCUUUUGUGCUGUGGCCGGUGUGCUUGCCUUUGCCAUGCCUGUGCCUGUCAUCGUCAGUAAUUUCAGCAGGUACUACUCUCUGGCCGUCACAAAGCACAAGCUUCCGAAAAAGAAGAAUAAUUAUAAACCUCAAAUGCGAGAGCAUUCACUUGAUUGA